ACGUCACAUUUGAAAGAAGAAGAAGCACCCUCACCGCACGAUAUUUUCUUCAGGUGCCGGACUGAAAUCGAUUUCAAAACAUUUUCUGAGCUGUUGUGGGCAGCUGAACAUCAGGAUAUCAAGUUUGCCAGAAUGACCUGCUUUAGCGGUAUCUAGCCCUCGAAUCGCCGAGAUGCACCGGAUAGCAGCCAACAGUAGUGGGUGGUAUCAAUUUGCACGUCGCCUAACCGCUUAUCAACCGCACAGUUGUCCUCAAGGCCACCUUCGAUUGUACGUAAACAAAGCGCCUGUUAAUCAAAUCAGCUCAACAGUUUCGAAAACCGGCAAGGAUAAUGAUUCGGCGGAGAAACCUGCCCAGGCUGUCCCGUUGGCCGUGCCUUUGCCCGUGCCUUUGCCAGCGUUAGAUCCCAAAGCCAUAGUUAAGGAAAUCAAAGAAUCCGUAAAGCUCACCAGUAAUACCUUGGGAACCGUGACUUUGUCGUCACCUGGAAAUAAUGUCAAAAAAAGUUCUCCAUCGGCUGUUCCAUCGAUAACUUCUUUGCCUGGUUUAAGCCGUCUCCUGUAUCACUAUCUGAUGCUGUCGAAAAUUCGACUUACAUCAUUGGUGGUGAUGACAACUAUGGCCGGUUACGCGAUGGCACCGGCCCCAUUUGAGUUGUCAACAUUCCUGCUGUGUUCGGUAGGCACCACUCUCGUAUCGGGAGCGGCAAACAGCAUCAACCAGGUAAUCGAAACGUCCUUCGACGCACAGAUGCCACGCACCCGGAACCGCGUUCUUGUUCAAGGCCAUCUGAGCCGACUCCAUGCUGUUGGGUUCGCCAUGGGGGCAAGUUCCCUUGGCGUCAGCAUGCUGUAUUUCGGGGUGAACGAAUUAACAGCCCUUCUGGGAGCAGCCAAUCUUAUACUCUAUACCAGUAUCUACACGCCGAUGAAGCGGUACAGCAUCCUAAAUACUUGGGUAGGCUCCUUGGUUGGAGCCAUUCCUCCGUUGAUGGGCUGGGCUGCCUGUACUGGAGACAUUGGGAUUGGAGCUUGGAUUUUGGCAGGUUUAUUGUAUUGUUGGCAGUUUCCCCAUUUCAACGCUCUGUCCUGGAAUAUACGACCGGAAUAUCUUAAAGCUGGAUACAAAAUGAUGGCAAAUUCACAUCCCAAAUUGUGUACCUUAGUCUCACUCCGCCACACCGGUUAUAUUACGGGUCUCUCGCUACUCGCGCCUGUGCUCGGCGUAACGAACAAUUGGUUUGCUCUUGAGUCGCUCCCACUGAACGCUUAUUUUGCAUAUCUAGCGUGGGAUUUUCAUCAGAAAGCCGACAGCAAAAGCUCCCGGAAACUGUUUCGAUUUUCACUGCUUCAUUUACCGAUUCUAAUGGCACUGUUUCUACUUAACAAAAGUCAUUGGGUUUUCUCUGAAGAUAAAGCAAAGGACGAGUUAUCUGGUGUGGCAAUGAGCGAUCAAAAAACACUUUUGAAACAAGAACCAAAGGGCGACGAUUAUUUGGUCCCGAACGUUUUACUCGAUGUAAACGGCGUUGGCAGCAUCAAAGCGAUCGAAGAUAAUCUGCUAAUCAAUGUGACCAGUGUGCUGCCGGCAGCAAGUACUAACAGCCCACGGAAGCUAUUCUGAACGAACUUGGUUAAUGUAAAUAAUAACUUAAAUACACUAUUGUUUUAGAAUGAUUGUUGAUCAUCAAUGAAGACGAUUCAAUAAAAAAGAGCCCUGCUGAGUA